AUGCCGUGUUCUCAAAAAGAGGUUCGGGAUACCUUCACAGAUGAGACAUAUGCAAACUUCCUUGUACAGACGGAGGCGGCUUUGGCGCGAGCCGAGUCCAAAGUCGAAGCUACUCCGCCAGAAGUUGGAGAUGCGAUAAUCGUAGUUCUUGGCAAAGUUGAACUAGACUUUGACAGGCUAUCGCGAGAAACCCAAAUUGUCGGAUAUCCCGUUCUACCCUUGGUGAUGCAAUUGGUAGAGAACACGCGGGAGGAACUGUCAAAAUACAUCCAUUGGGGCGCUAGCACGCAAGACAUUAAGACCGAUGCCAGCAUGCUUCAGACGGAACGAGGGUUGCAGUUGGUGAAUGCGCCGUUUUAUCUCUCCAGCAUUCUUACACGUAGGGAACGGAUUUGCGAAAUCGAACAGCGGUGUCUGCUUGUGCGGUUUGGUGGGGCAGCGGAUACUCUCGCCUCUUUGGGUAGGGAUAGGACUGGCAUUCGCGUGCGGGCACAAUUAGCCAAGGAGCUUGGCUUGGAAGACCCCAUGAUAACAUGGCAUGUCGCACGGGAUAACAUCGCAGAGAUCCUGAACUUCCUGGCCGUCGUAGACGGUACUUUGGGUAAGAUCGCUCUCGAUAUAAUCCUCAUUUCAUCAAAUGAACCGGAUGAGGUGGCCGCGCCGUUCGGAGGUGCCAAGCUGCCCCGAGAUAGCGCAUUCUUGGGAUUGGAUGCUAUGGUUGUCGACUUUAAUUGUGCGUCUGGGCCGUGGCAUUUAGAGUGGAUGGCAAUUCCUGAGUCUUCCACAUAUGUGCUUGGCGCAUUACACCAGACUAUCUUUGCCCUUUCCGGGCUAUGUGUCAAGGACAACUCCCUGAAGAAGAAUCUCCACUCCGCGAGGGGCCUGAUCGUCGCACACGACGUGGUCUACGAGGCGUGUAAAUCUGCUAGCGAGCAAGAUCGAAUCCUGCUCGAUGUAUUGAAGGAAAGCACGGAGGCAUCGGAGAAUUUAGAUGGGAGCACGCUGGCGGUCCACUGA